CCUAACUGAAGUUAAUGACUCCUCUAAAGUAUCCGCUAUCUGUCAGCUGCCAAUGGAGGAUGUUGGUGAAUCUUCAAGGUUUAUUCAGUGCACUGUGAUAACUGACACAGAGGAUGAGGCAAAUUGCUGCCUCCUUUCUCCACUCAAAGCUGGGGAGGGGCAACUCACGUUUACUGAGUGCGUUUUACUGAGCGCAGACAAGACAGAAAAUCAGGAACUUCUUUCUCACCACAACAUUGGUGAAGGGGAUAAAACCUUCUCCUGUACCGACUGUGGGAAAUUAUUUGCACAAAAACAACGUUUUCUGUCACUACAACGCUCAGAUGGAAGAGGCUGACUUUAAGUGCGUAGAUUGUAUGAUGUGCGCAUCUCAUACUAAUAACUUGUUUGUGGAUGAAGCAGAUUUGCUUGAGGUGAAUUCUUAUAUGUGCACGGAAUGCGGCAAACACUUUACUCAGAAGAAUAUGCUGGUAUCUCACUACAGAAUUCACACAGGGGAGAAACCCUUCAUGUGCACAGACUGUGGGAAAAGCUUUCCGUAUAAGCAUAUGUUUCUCAGACAUCAGAUGAUACACGCAGGUGAGAAACCUUUUACUUGUGUAGAGUGUGGCAAAAGCUUUACAAGAAAGGGAGAUCUUCUUGCUCAUCAUAGAAUCCACACAGGGGAGAAGCCAUACACAUGUACAGAGUGUGGCAAAAGCUUUUCACAAAAGGGGAACCUCAUAGCGCACCUCCAGAUUCACACAGCAGAGAAGCCUUUCACAUGUACAGAGUGCGGUGAAAGUUUUAAACUGAAAGGAGCCCUAGUUUCUCAUUUUAAAGUACACACAAAUGAGAGACCCUAUACCUGUAUGCAAUGCGGUAAAGGCUUUCCACGGAAAGGAAAUUUAUUAGUUCAUGAAAAGAUUCACACAGGAGAAAAACCACAUAUGUGCACAGAGUGUGGAAAAAGCUUCAAACUCAAGAACACACUUUAUACGCACCAGAAGAGUCACACCAAUGAGAAACCAUAUGCAUGUGAAGAGUGUGGUAAAUGCUUUACUCAGAAGCAGUACCUCCUAAAUCAUCAAAGAAUUCACACAGAGGAGAAACCCUUCACGUGCAAAGAGUGCGGAAAAAGUUUUAGGCAAAAGGGGGACCUACAAUCCCACCAAAGGAUUCACACUGGAGAAAAACCGUACACAUGUACAGAGUGCGGCAAAAGCUUUGCUUUAAAAGGAAACCUACUCUCUCACUACAUGAUUCACACGGGAGAGAAACCUUUUGCGUGUAUGGAGUGUGGGAAAAACUUUUCACGUAAGACCACACUAGUCAGGCACCAAAAGGGUCACAAUGGUGAGAAUCAGUUUACACUUUAUGCACCAGAUGAAUCACAGACCUAAAAGCCAAAUUGACAUGCUAAAACUUACAGUAUAUGCAGAGAGGGAACAUAAUGUGUGACAGACACAUUUACAGAAGACUGUUAGUGGUUAUGCUAUACUGUAACUGGGACUCUCCAUAUCUUCUGCGUUACUGCAUUUAUAGGGUUGUGUUUAUACUGUGUAAUAUUCUUACCUCCUGCCCUGUAUACCAGAUCUUUAUAAAUGCAUUGUAAUAAUAAAAAUUAACUAAUU